CCUUGCUGGGAAGCCCAAUCUGGGUCUGAGAGUGCAUAGAUCGUGGCGGAUGGUGUAUCAUCCCCCAUGGGGCUCUGCAGCCUAGAAAGUGGCACGACCAGGAAGUCAGCAGGUGGAGGAGGCAAAUGAACAGAGGAUUAGACUUUUUCUCCUUUCCUUUGUCAUCUUUCAUCCAUGUGGGUUUUUAUAUUUAUUUACUUACACACAGUUUUAUUCCAAAACUUCUUCGAACUGGGUCAUAAAGCCAACUGCAUAUUGCAAAGUAGAAGAAACUAAGCUUUGAGAAAUCAGGUAAAAAGUGACAAAUGACAGCUGCUGGUGGAAUACUACCUGUCCUGACUGACCCUCUUGCAAAUGUUGUCUAGGAUGUUUGCAGUGGUCCAGAAGAAAAAAGUUUCCUGUGAGAUCUAUUUCAAUCACUUCAAGGAAAAUAAGGUGGAGAUAGCAAAUGCAAUAACAAAGCUAUUUCCUUUUCUUGAAAGCCUCAGGGACAAUUCCUUUAUCACUGAAAAAAUGUAUGCUAAUUCUCAAGAAGCCUGUGUAAACUUGAUUCCUGUACAGAAAGUUGUGUACCAGGUUCUCUGCCACCUGGAGAAGGUGUUUGAUUGUUCAGUUCUGUCAGUCCUGUUCAGCAAGAGUAACCUGAAAGAGUAUCCUGAUUUAAUUGAGAUUCAUAAAAGCUUCAAAAAGGUGCUCCUCUUUUCCCAGAAAAGUGCUGGAAAAGAAACACCAAAAAUGCCCAGCUUUCUGCCAAGCUGUAAACAAGGGGCAAAGCUAUUCAGAUCCAAAAAUCGGGUGCAACCUAGUUUUGUGCACCUGGAAGACAAACAGAUGGCAAGAACGGCGUGUAAUCAAGUCCCCGAAAUAAUUGUGAUCAGCAGUGAAGACUCUGAUUCCUGUGAGGACGAAGAGCUGCUGGAAGCCUCGAGCUCAGCAUCAGAGCCUGGACCUGGUGAGAAGGGCAAGGACCACUCGUGCGGUGCUCCAGGACUUCAGGCAUCUUGAGUUCAGAGCACCUACUUCCUAAUGCAUUUCAAAUGGAGUUCACUCCACAGCCAUGGUCCAGUUAUUCUCUGGUGCCCUUUCUCUGCUCUCACCUCUCCUGGCACUUUGGGAAAUGGGGUAGGCAACUUUCAUUGCAUACGUAUGCUCUAGUAUUGGCAUUAGGUUAGAAAGAAGCUAGGAUAUUUCUGUUGUUUUUCCCUUUCACAUUGAUCUGGUUUGAAUUUGUGUCCCCACCCAAAUCUCUUUGAGAUUGAAAGACUGCCCCACUGGGUUUCAGAUUUGUAUGGGCUCUGUAGUCCUUUUGUUUUCACCAAUUUCUCCCAUUUAGAAUGGGAGCAUUUACCCAAUGCCUGUACCCCCAUUGUAUCUUGAAAGUAACUAACUUGUUUUUGAUUUUAUAGGCUCAUAGACCUAAAGAACUUACCUUGUCUCAUGAGACUUUGGACUAUGGACUUUUGUGUUAAUGUUGAAAUGAGUUAAGACUGGGGGCUGUUGACUGUUGAGAAGGGAUUAUUGUAUUUUGCAAUGUGAGAAGGACAUGAAAUUUGGGAGGGGCCGGGGGAGGAAUAAUAUGGUUUGGAUUUGUGUCCCUGCCCAAAUCUCAUGUUGAAUUGUAAUCCCAAGUGUUGGAGGAAAUGGCUGGAGGAAGGAGAUUGGAUAAUGGAGGAAUUCCCCCUUGCUGUUUUCAAGAUAGUGAGUGAGUUCUCAUGAGAUCUGAUUUUUUAAAGCACUUCCCCCUUCACUCUUUCUCUCCUCCUUUGCUAUGGUAAGGUGCACUUGCUUCCCCUUUGCCGUCCUCCAUGAUUGUAAGUUUCCUGAGGCCUCCUGGCUGUGCCUCCUUUACAGCCUUCAUAAAUUACCCAAUAUCAGGUAGUCCCUUUAUAGCAAUGCUAGAACAGACUGAUACACAGGUGAUCAGGCUUACUGUGGUAUACUUUAAAAAAUACAUAUUUGAUCUUUGUCGAAAUAGGACAAGGAUCUUUGUCCUUUCUUGGCACAAAGUCCUUAAAACUCUUGGAAAUUCCAGGAUGAUGGGGUCUUAUAAGUACUAACCACUUGAUUGGAAGAUUUUUCCCUAAACCUCGACAUUUGAGGAGAAAUGAAGGGUGGAAGAUUGAGGUCAAUUGCCAAUGACCAGUGAUUUAAUCAAUCAUGCCUAUAAAAUGAAACCUUGAUAAAAACCUCUAAACAACAGGGUUCAGGGAGUUUCUGAAUUGGUGACUGCAUUUAUGUAUUGGGAGGUGGGAAGGAGUCUCACCUGUAGAGGGCAUAAAAACUCUUUCCCUCCUUCUCUACCUUGCCCUAUAUUCUUCCUGAGUUCUUCCUGAGUUUUUUUUUCUCCCUGUGCAACAAAACCUUUAUUAAAAGGUUCAACUGUUUACUGAAACUGGUAAUUUCCAAACUUAAGUUGGGGCAAAUGGCUAUAGUGCAGAGUAAUGCCAUCACUGGGCAUUGCGAAUGCAAGACUGAAGAAUUAACAUGGAUCACUUGAAGUCAGGAGUUCGAGACCAGCCUGGCCAACAUGAUGAAACCCCGUCUCUACUAAAAAAAUACAAAAAUUA